AGAAGAUAAAAAUUUUUUUUUUGGGGGGGGGGUGUGUUUCUACUUUUUUUGUUGUUGGUUAAACACAACAUAUAAACCCUGCUGUGCACAUCAGCGAUCCCUUUUGUAAUAUUUCUGGGAUACGGUCUCAAGCGAAGCUAGCAUGAAAAUGAUGACCGGAGGAGCAGUGCAUCAAAACGGGAUAUUUUCCAAUGCUCACCAUCACAGCCAGCAGCCUCACAUGGAUUCAGAUCCCCCGGACUCUCGCAAGAGGCCGCUGGAGACCCCGACAGAAGCGAGCAGCACCAAACGGACCAACAUCGGAGAGGAGGGUGAAUACUUCCUGAAGGUGCUGAUCCCCAGCUACGCGGCCGGGUCCAUUAUCGGCAAGGGGGGGCAGACCAUCGUCCAGCUGCAGAAGGAGACAGGAGCCACCAUCAAGCUCUCCAAAUCCAAAGACUUCUACCCAGGCACGACGGAGCGAGUCUGCCUCAUUCAGGGCACAGUGGAGGCUCUCAAUGGCGUCCACAACUUCAUCGCAGAGAAAGUGCGCGAAAUGCCGCAGAGCGCCCAGAAGAGUGAGCCGGUCAGCAUCCUGCAGCCACAGACCACCGUGAACCCUGACCGCAUCAAACAGGCGAAGCUGAUCGUCCCCAACAGCACGGCAGGCCUGAUCAUCGGGAAGGGCGGCGCCACCGUCAAGGCCAUCAUGGAGCAGUCUGGCGCCUGGGUGCAGCUUUCCCAGAAGCCCGAGGGCAUCAACCUGCAGGAGCGCGUGGUGACCAUCAGCGGCGAGCCUGAGCAGAACCGAAAGGCCGUGGAGAUCAUCGUCCAGAAGAUCCAGGAGGACCCGCAGAGCAGCAGCUGCCUGAACAUCAGCUACUCCAACAUCUCCGGCCCGGUGGCCAACUCCAACCCAACGGGCUCCCCGUACGCCAACUCCACCGAGGUCCUUCCCUCAGCAGCGGCCGCAGCGGCAGCUACGGCCUCCAGCCUCCUGGGGCAGGCCAGCCUGGCGGGAGUGGGCACUUUCCCUACGACCAUGUCCAGCUUCUCUGGGAACGAUCUCCUGACCAUCAGUUCGGCCCUCAACACCCUGGCCAGCUACGGCUACAAUACCAACUCCCUGGGGCUGGGGUUGAACCCAGCCGCAGCUUCCGGGGUGCUGGCAGCAGUGGCGGCAAGCGCCAACCCCGCUGCGGCGGCCGCUGCCAACCUCCUGGCCUCCUAUGCCAGCGACGCUUCAACCAGCGUCGGCCACCAUGCCGGCCACUUAGGAGGCUUCACCCUGGGGUCCCUGGCUGCUGCGACGGGAGCUACCAACGGCUACCUAAACGCCGCCUCUCCCCUGAUGGCGAGCUCCUUCCUGGCAACUGAGAAGCUGGCAGAAGGUGCCAAAGAUGUGGUGGAGAUUGCCGUGCCAGAAAACCUAGUGGGAGCCAUCCUUGGGAAAGGAGGGAAGACGCUAGUGGAGUAUCAGGAGCUGACGGGAGCACGCAUCCAGAUCUCCAAAAAGGGGGAGUUUAUCCCCGGCACCAGGAACCGUAAAGUCACCAUCACCGGUUCUCCGGCCGCCACUCAAGCCGCACAGUAUCUCAUCAGCCAGCGGAUCACUUACGAGCAGGGCGUGCGCGCCACCAACCCCCAGAAAGUGGGCUAGAGCCAGAACGAGGGAAGGGGGGGAAUUCCUCAAAUCGAAAUCGGCAUCUUCCAGCGUUGAGUUGGUUUCGCGUUUCAGUAUUCAAGGAGAAAAAACACAGCUCUGACGGCAAAGCAAGCGGAACAAAUGUGUGAUAUGUAAAUAUGGGUUUGUUACUGUGAUAGUUAGGUUCUUUUUUUUGUUGUGGUAAUCCUGGAAUUUGACAGGAUUUUUAGUUUUUUUUUGGUCGUGAACGGCAAUGUAAACUGGCAUGCUGCCGUAUUCAGCCCCUCAGAGUUUUUCUUCUGCCUCCCGAGAAAUUCCAGCCCCCGUAGCCCCUCGUGUCCUUAUUGCUGCAGCUUGCGAUUUUUGGCUCCAGCUCUGCCCCCUCUAUUACAACCCCCUUCCCCUCCCUCCUUCCCUCUCUCCUUCCCUCCCCCUUUGUGAGUCCGUAAAGACGGCAAGUGAUUCGAGAAAGAAGGACAAUCCUCCAUUUUUCCACCCGCAAUUUCUUAUCUCAACCUUUUGGGUGGGCAAAUGCCAACCAGCUUAGGCCAGUGGUUCUAAUCCUCAGCAGUCCAGGAACUUAGUCCCCAAGUUCCUAAAAUAAAUUGUAGUGUUGUACACACUGCACAGACAUGGCACGCUUGAAAAAUACACUUGUUUCCUAACUAAAAUGCAGAUGUUCCAAGGAGACCAUUGGAAAGUUGACUGAACAACUGGCCUAUGCAUUUUCCAGAACGUGCAUUUUGUAGGGGAAUGUUUAUUAAUAUUAUUAUCACUAUUGGUAUUAUUAUUCCACCACUACAUGCAAACAUUAUUUCAAUUUUAGUUCCCAAAUCCGAUAUUUCAGGUUGAUUGUAUACAAAGAUUGUUUAUUGGGCUUCAAUGUAUUCCUUUUUUUGUUUUAAAUGCAUCAAACUGCAUCCAAAUCAUUUUUUAAAAAAAAGGCGGCGAGUUGGCAUUUGCUAGGUUGGUGUCGAGGAGUGUUCUUGGUUCUCCUGGUGUUGCCAGAUGGAUUGAGGUAGUUGUACAUGCAAUACCCUUUAUAGUGUUAGAUAACUAUGGAGUUUAUCAGUUCUCUUAACCGUACUAAAGCUGUGCUGCUUACACCUUAAACUUAUAUGUUUAGAGGGGGGAAAUCAUUUCUAUAUAUUUCUAUAU